AAAAAUAACAGUGAUAAUGCGCCUUGUCAUUGGGGUGACGAGAGUGUUGAGGGGUAGGUUACGGGUGGUGGGUUCUUGUUCAAGAGUUUUGUGGGGGAGGAGGGGGUUGGCGGUUGCUGGGGACAAUCAUAGAUCGUUGAAUGGAGUCAAGGAUAACACACUGCACGACAUGGAGAGGAUCGACGUACGAAGCAAUGUGACAAGCGACAGAAAGAGAGACGGGGAGGAUCAUGCAAUGCUUUUUCGGACGGCUGUAAAGGAAGGAAAUGUUUCUGUGGCUUGUGUGCAUUUUUCGUCUCUUUACGAGCGCGAGGGGAUUGAGCAAGUCGAGGCGAGUAAGACGGCUCUUGAUACGUCCACCCUACGGGACUUUCUCACCCUCCUCCAAUCCGCCCCCAUCACCAAAGAAAUCUCUCGCACCAUCCGACACGUCCUCAAAGCCCUCUGGACACACGGUAGUCCAUGGAGUAUCCAAGACUACAAAUUACUCGUCGAGCAUGCCGGGUCAACGUUUUCAGAUACCAAAGCCCUCGAAUGGGUGGACGCCAUGCUGGGAUCGGACAUGAUACCGGAUGUAGACAUGUUGGUCUUGGCUAUACAACGUGUAGGAUCUGCAUCGAAGCUAGAAGGGCUGGUACGACUGUACACUGGAUUCAAGGAGCGGGGGUUACUUUUGCCCAAAUUGAAUGAAAUGUUGGUGGAUGCGUGUUUGUAUCGGUAUGGACCCAAAGAGGCGUUGCGGAUUCUUGAGGAUGUGGAGCGGGAAGGACCGUUACCGGCCUGGGCGGUUGCGCAAAAGAUCAAAGCCUUUGGACAAUUGGGAGACGUGAGUGCGGUGGAGAGUGCUUUUGAGACGUAUGUUGCGAGUGGGGAGGUACCCAGUGAAGAAAUGUAUCGACAAGUAUUAAUUGCUGUGGGUCGACAUGGUACUCAUGAUCAGCUACAAACCUAUUUUCAUGAUAUGACGGCACGGGGUGUACCCCAAACCCCCGACAUUCACGGCGCAUUGAUUGAAGCAUACGUUUUCCAAGACAAUAUCCUUGCCGCCGAACGACACAUGUCCUCUCUCGCAUCCCUCAACGUGAUACCCACCGUAUACGCCUACACAUCCCUCAUUGAAGCCCACUUUCGACUCGGCAAUCUUCCAGCAGCCGAAACCCUCCUCAAAGACCUCCGUUCCAAAAACCUCGUACCAACACCCAAGCUCCUCAACAGCUGUCUCGCCGCCUACAUGAAACAAAACAACCUCUCCUCCGCACUGGAUAUUAUCCAAGAAUACCAAUCAUUGGGAUACAAGGACAAAUUGGGUCAUUUCCGGACAACAUGGAUCAACAGCCUAAUCCGUACGGGUCAAACCGAGCAAGCCCAAACCCUCUACACCCAACUCCUAGACUCCAAAAACGGUACACCCGACCCCGUGAUACUCAGCAUGCUCGUCGACGCCUGCAUCCGCACAAAAAAUUAUACCAAAGCCCUGUCGAUCGCCGAAUGGGCCAACAAACAUUCUGAAUUUAUUGACCCGGUAUUGACGAGUACCCUUAUUCACGCUUUUACCAAAUCGGGUGAUAUGCAGACUGCGUUACGUCUUUUACGGCGAUUAACACUUGACCCAUCUUCUCGGACCCAUCCUAAACUCGUCAAAACUUCUCGAUCCCCCUUUCAUCGCCACCCACCCCUCCUUGUAGCCUAUUCAACCAUUAUCUCCGCAUUAUGUCGUCUCAAUGCCCCUCAUUUGGCGAUUAACCAUUUAACUCAACUUGCAAAAGAGUUUACGCCGAAUAGUAUUGUUGUUACACCGCUUUUACGGUAUUAUGCUCGAACGAGGGAUCGAUAUUCUGCGUUAGAUGUCCUUCAAACUCUUCUUUCCCAUGACGUUCUCCCUGAUAUUGGAUCCCUUAAAGUCGUAUACGACCUCUACGUCCAUCUCUACCCGACCGAAACGAUCCAAUAUUACAUUAAAGACCUACGACGCCUCUCUUUGCACCCACUGUUCUUGUCAAGGGCUUUUGGAGCGGCUAUUGCGAAUCAUAUAGCAUUUGGGGAAUAUGAACUUGCUGAAUGGAUUUUUUUGGAGAUGCAGAGUGAGGGUGUUGUUGUUUUGGAUGAGACGCUUUUUGGGCUUGUUGGGAUGUAUCGGGAAAUAGGGGAGGUGGAGAAGGGGGAGGUGCUUUUGGGGGGGUUGAAAGGUGGUAUGGGGUUUUUGGAUGACUAAGUGGAGUUUGAUCGUGUGUUUUGUGUGUGUGGGUUUUGUUAAUAGAAUACUAGAGCAAUUUUACGAAAACAUGGACUUUUAUAUCCUAUUGGUAUUUGAAAAAACCAACUUGAGAGAACAAGGAAAAAUCCAG